AUGACUGAAUGCCAGAAGCGCCAGUACGCCGAGGAGGUGAACGGCAGACCAAGUCAAAACAAAGUGAACUCGACAGUGCAACUACACGAUGGCAGGUUGGUCCUGAACGCGGUGCUGGUAAUCCGCGGUUUCUACGUCGGACUCCAACUCGCAAGGCAUUUUAGUCCACCACGCUCGCUCUCUUUCUUCACCUCCUGCUGCCUUCUUAUCCCUCGCCACUCCUGGAAAUCUCGUCCGCUCCACAAGAUGCCGUCGCCUGGCUCCCUGCAAUUGCUGGCCGGGCCGUUGGAGGUGAAAUUCAAGGCAGGGGCCUUUUCCACCUGGUCCGACAGCUUCGUUCGACUCGAAGGUCGCUGGAUCUGCGUCUACAAGCGGGAACGCGAUUCCACUCGCCAAGGCGCAGUUGAACUCGGUCUGGGUGUCAGUGUCACGGAUAUUUCCAACCCCGAGGCUUCCACCAAGUUCCCAAGACGCUUCGACUUGACCUGCAAUGGCGGGCUACUCCCCAAAACGGAAGUGAAUUUCCGCACUAAGUCACGAAAAGAUCGAGAUCUGUGGGUGCAAGCGAUCUCCAUCAACCUGCAAUUCCUCACCAGUCCUCGAGGCCUCGACCCUCGCUUCGCAGCCCGGGAACUGGCCCCGGUCACCAACAAAAUGCGCCAAGACUUGAUGCUGCACCCGAUUCGCAUCCGCUCGGACCUGACAGUCAAAUGUGCAACGGGUGAAUCGGUCGUGACGUUUCUUGUGAAUCAAGGCCUUGUUCCGGAUCGGGUGACGGGCGUUGCGUUUUGUCGCCAAUUGGUGUCCAUGAACUUGCUCCAUCAUGUCAUGUGGGACCGCGACUUCACCGACUCACCGGAACCUUUUGUGAUCGCUGUACUUAACGCUGAGGACGGUCAAGCUGACACGGAAGGCGACUACUACGUGGCACAUUUUCUGAAAUAUAUGGACUCGCGCAAGUUCUGGAAAUAUAUUGCAAGUCCCGACGCAGUGGACGCGAGCUCUUUUACGGCUGCGAGUAAUGUGUCGAGUGGAAGUCGACGAGCGACCUCGAGUUCGGCGUUCCUGGAUCGGUCAACGAGUUCCUCGGACAGCGGACGAAACAUCGGACUCAUUCCCGGAUCCGAUGAUGAAGCGACACGCUACUCCACGGUCAGUAUUAGUACGAGCAACAGUCCUCCUCCUUCAGUGGACAACGUGGAGAAGAAAGCGAGAAAGUGUACAAUCUGCACCAAGUCGUUCAAUCCGCUGCGUAGACGUCAUCACUGUCGUCAAUGCCGUGCAGUUAUCUGCAGCAAUUGUAGUGUGAUCCGAAGACCGAUGAACACCAACGGUGAAGGAGAUGGCGCUGCGUCGCCUUCUCGAGUCUGUAUCAGCUGCAAGCUCAGCUCUAAUGCCAGUUUCAUCGGUGAAGCUGAUGAUGUAGUAGAGGGAAGCCCACAGCUUCAGACUUCGGCGAGUGCUAGUGACGUAUUGACUUCUACGUCCUCAACGAGCGACGGAAUGGGCAACAGCUUUCGUCGACGAUCUAACGGCGUUGCUGCAUGUAGUCUAGAAACGUCAGAGCCGUUCUGCCAGCACUGCCAGAACGAGAAUUGCAGUCCGAUCACUGAGUUCCUCAAGAUUUCCUACCCGGUAGACGCACCAACUGACGCUGGAUUCGUGGCGGCUAAGCGGCUGGAAAACGAAGCUGAACGCUUGAAGUCAGUCGAGAGUUUACUGGUCACCAUGGCAGCUACUCCUAGUGCAACGCGUGUGCUGCGUCAGUUCUGUAAUAUGGCAGCUAUUGCCUGUCAGUGCCCCGUUGCCGUGGUUGGACUCCUUGACGGUGAUAAUUACGUGUUGGGGUCUCAGUACGGCGUUAAUCUUGAUGCUGCAGUGCCUCGAAAACAGUCGCUGGCAGCUCACACGUGUCGAAGUGGCAACUCGCUUGUGUGCUCUGAUAUGACUCAAGAUGUGCGCUUCAAUGGAAACACUUGGCGAGUGGAGAGUCUCAAGAAUGCCGUGUUCUACGCUGGCAUUCCUUUGAUCCUCUCCAAUGGACACACAGUCGGUGCAUUGGAAGUGUUCGACGCGCAGCCCCGGUACGACUGUGGCGAGGUUCUGAGCCAGCUUCAAACUGUGGUACGCGGACUACUCAACCUGUUUGAAGAGAUCAUGACUGCAGCUGCAGAGGCGCAGCAAGAGGAAGAGCAACAGGAACGAGAAGAGCAAGAAGAGGCUGAGAAGCAACAGGAUGAAGAAGAAACAGCUCAGAAGAAGGAGAAGGAACAAGCUUCAGCCGUGAACCCCAUGGAGGCUCAACUACUUCAACUACUGUCACAGACUACUUCAACGCAGGAACAACUUCGCACUCAGCAGGGUCAAAUGGUGAGCGCCAUCACCAGUCACUCCAAGCAGAUCAACAACUUGGCCAAGCAACUCGAACGGAUAGAGGCCACGCUGGCGGCGAAGCUAGACGGCGAACGCCGAGUCGAAUAGUAUUCUCGAUCUAAUUAUCAAUUAAAAAAGCUUACGGCAACUCAAA